CUGCCCCCUCUGCUCUUUAGUUCAAGCAUUAUUGUAAAUAAACGUCUGUCCUUGUCUACUGCUGAAACUUAUUAAAUCCUACUCUUGGUGUUUCACUGUCCAGGUACUCCGGUUUCAGAGCAACACUAGCUUAAAAUAACAUUUUAUUCCGCGAUGCGCGUGAAGAAAGGGUCGUUUGAGCAACCACAGUAGAAAGAGUACAACCUUCACAAACUGUACGAGGCUGAACAAUGAAUCCACUUGACUGGGAAGAUGCUUUUCGAAGAUUGCAAAGACAUCUGGGUCCAAAUAACAGUUUUGUUAAUAACAGCAUGGGAAAUGCUUUAAAAACUAAUAUUGAUUACGACACUUACUGCGAAUACUCAAGACACACUGUUGAUGAACCACAGAACAGCAUGGGAGUGAAUUUGGGAUGGGAGGAACUCAGUUCCUCCACCCUUAACUUUUACAGUAAGGAGCCAGAAGUGGAGGAUCCAGACGGAGAGCCUCUGGAAAUAGACGAGGAGGAUUCAGAGCUGGUGAGAAAGCGGAAAGAGCUUAGAGAGAUAGAAGAGCGAAUAAUACUUAAGAAAGCUGCCAUCGCUUUGAAAACAGUUGAACCUUUGGUGAAGAAGACAACACCACCAGGCCUUUCCUGUCAUGAACACUCAGCUAAAUGCAAAGGUGAAACUCUUCGAGACAGAGUGAAUCUAAUUUUGCAGCAACGACAUUCUCUCAACUUUUUCUCAAAGGUCCCGUCACCCAAAAAGAGAAUGAACUCAUCCAGCCUGCUUGAAGAACAUCCCCUGAAACUGAGAGUGAAAGCACUAAUGAAGCAGAGAUGUUGGGACCUCUGUGUACUACCAACAAACACAGAGGUCCCUGAUGUCACACUGCCUCCUCCCACCCAAAGCAUUACUUCAGCAGCCAUUCAGGAGAACAAUGACAACAAGGGUUUCCAGCGCUUCCUCAGUGUGCUCAACAAAGGAGUAGAUAUCGACUUGCUCAGCAGGAUCGUCAAUGACGACAGUGAGGAUCUUGCUUUAGGCGAGGAGCUGCUGGACAUUCAGCCCCCUCCUGUGGAGAACAAGUCAGAGCCGGGCGAGAGCCAGCAAUCAAACAGUGAAGCCUCCAUGCCGGGCCACAGUUGGACCGAUGGUGGAGAGAGGAAGACUGACCCGCCCAGUCGAGAGAGAUCCCAGAACGAGAGACUCUCCCUGCCUGGUGGUGAGGACAUGAAUGACAGAAGAGACAGCUCUUUUGGUUCCAGUAUUCGAUCAAAGUCUCCCCUGGCAGUGAAGAAAAAAGAGGAAGAACAACCAAAGGUGGAUGAGCAGCAUGAACACCUGCAGAACAUUCUUAAAACUCUGGGAUUGAGCCUGGAAGUGGAAGAGAUGAGCAGACUAGCAGACCGGACUCAGGAGAGGCUGUAUGGAAAGAAACAUGAAGGCAGAUGUGGGGCUGACAGCAGAGGGGAGCAGGAGAGUCUGCAAAGAGGCUCCCUCAGACAUCACAUGGAUUCGUCCUCCUCAUCCUCCUCUUCCUCCUCCUCAAGGUCGACCUCUAGGAGCUUUAGUCCCAGCCCCUCUCGCCAUUGCCACUCUCACAGCAGAGACUCAAAACAAAAGCGAUCGUCUGAAUGCAGAAGCAGAGAUGGACUAACAUGCCAAGAUGGCAACCAGGACAGCAAAGAAGCAAUGGAGCCCAGGGACAUAGACAAAGACAGAAAAGACUCCAAAGAAAUCUCUACUUAUCAUCAUCAUCCAUAUCCACAAGAACAAAGUUAUUCCCAAUCCCAUCCUGCUUCUGCAUCUGCAUUUUCAGAUUACAGUAUGCCCCAGUAUUCCCAGUACACUGCCUACCACAGUGGCACUUACAGUGCUGCUCCAAAUUCUUACUCAACAUAUACUCAGGGUGCCAUUCCUCCCUCCCUUGAUUCCAGUGAGUAUCCUUAUCCACAGAACACCGACUUUCACUUUCCUGGCUCUAUAGUGGGUUCUCACAUGGUUUACCCUCAUCAUGAUUCCUUUGAGGACAUGAAUUUACUUGUGAAUCCAGACCUGUCUAAGAGUGAGGGCCAGAUCGGAUCAGCUGGCCAUCGCUGCCUACGGGUCAUCAGCACAAAGCCGUCAACCAAUAAGCACUGUCUAAAGCAAGUCUCAGAAGGUCACAAACAGAAGGCGGCAUACAUAAGGAAAGGUCGUGCAUGGUUUUGUAAGUUAAGAGAGAGAAAGACUCAACUAAGAAAGCAAGCGAUACAAGCAAAACAGAAUAAAGACUCUGUGGGGGAAGUGAAGGCUUCACAGGGUGAUGAGCAUCACUCAGAGGCCAGGCAGUCAGAAGAUGAAGAAAGACAGCCAACAGAGGAGGAAAUAAAGGUGAACCUGAGGAAAAAGCUUGAAGCAUUUAACCAGAAGGUGAAGCAACAAGUGACACAGCCAGUCACCUCCCUAACCUCUCAGACUGGUUAGAUUCUGUGGAGCAUCAUGAAUGUCGUAAAUCUGAAUCUGCUGUGAGCCCCGACAGACCAUGUGGACCUCAUGUUUAACACUCAUUAUUUACACAUGCAGCUCAUAGUGUGUAACAGGAACAUUUUUAGUUAAGUCACAUUUCCAGAUCUGUGCUGAAUCCUUUUUGAACAAGUAAAUGUUAUCUUCAUAUCUUAAAUAUUUUUGUUCAAUUAAUUACCGGUUGGUGAGAAAUGUUUUACUCAUUUCAGCUCUGUGAAAAUUACUACUUUGUAAGUAUGUUUCUAUUCAGCCUUAAAUUUGAUUAAGCAAAAUCUAUUUUGUAGGGUCUGUUGAUGAUAUAACAGUAUGUAUAUAUAUUUUUUUGUCAUAAAACAUUCAGCCUGUAAAAAGUA